CUAACGACUACCCCGCCUCUUCCUAUAUCUUGGCCCCCCCCCAGUCGCCGUCGAAACACCCGAGUCUGGAACUGCAAGGACAAUGGCAAGCAAACGAAUUUACAAGGAGCUGACUGAAUGCACCACCAGCCCACCCCCAGACAUGAAAGUGUGUCUUUGGAACGAAUCCGACCUGCACACAUGGAAAGUGGCACUGGCUGGUCCGGCGUCAAGCGUCUACGAAGGCGGAAACUAUGCCGUGCUGGUGACCUUACCCACGGACUACCCUUUCAAGCCACCCACCGUCCGCAUUCUGACGCGCAUCUACCACCCGAAUGUCACCAACGAUAACCUGGGCAACAUAUGCCUCUCCAUCCUCAAGCCGGAGAACUGGAAACCGGCAACCAAGGUCUCGGCCGUCCUGCAAGCGGUGCGUCAGCUCCUCGUCGAACCCCAGCCGGACGAUCCGCUGGAAGCCCGCAUCGCCGACGAAUACCGCAACGACCGCAACGAGUUUGAGAAGAACGCCAGGCAAUACGUCACCCGCUACGCUAGAGGUCCUCCCGUCUUCGGCGAUGCUCCUCCCGCGGCGGAAAAGUCGAAGUAGAGUGACGACGAACACGAGCUGGAGCGUCGCUACGCGGAAGCCCUGGCGUGUGAGCCCGGCCUCAUACCUACCGUUCCUCGGCCACCCAAGGGCAUUUACGCUCGACGGAAUGCUGUCACAGGCGGUGACAUGGAAUUCUAGGGCUUCGCUCUCACCUAAGAAGCAAAGGCGGCGGUUGGGGAUGGGGCGUUCUGGCGUUGAACAAGGCAUGUUUUAGCUGGCGUCCAGAGCAUGGGAUGCUACCAGCCGCCCGGCUUUGGGAAAGCAAAUACCGUCUUGGGGAUGCAGAAUAUGUCCAAGAGCAGACUAAGACUAGAAGCUCCGGUGUGCUGCUACCAUUGGGGAAUGUAUUUAUGGACCGUAAUACACAGACUUAAAAGA